AUGUCUCUAGUAGAUUAUUUUGGUGAAUUUUUUUGCAAUCAUCAAUCUCUAUGGAAAUUGGCUUUAUUUAUUAGCUGGCUGAAUCUUUUUAAAAGUUUAGAAAUUAUUUUGAUUUAUGAACAAGGCAAUUCUAUUUGAAAUCAAAAAAAUAAAUUUGAAGGAUUUUCAGAGUUUAACUCCCUUGCUGAAUGGCACAUUUGUGGUUACUCAGAAGCUUUAAUCUGCUUAGAUAUGUAUGAGAACGCUUUACUGCUUUUGGAUUUGACAGAGCGAAUUGAAACUCAAUUUCUCUUAUCUAAAUUAUGCGAGGAGAAAGAAAUAUCUCACCUUGUAUUUGAAAAUAAAUUAAGUUAUUCUGAUCAAUGAACCUUUUCAAUAAAGCCAUCAUCUUUAGAGCAAGCCAAUGCAUUUCUUUCAGUUCUUCGUUAUUUUGGAUGAACUAAAGGUCUUACGAUUUCUGACGGAUUUAAGAAUAUUUUAAAAGAAAAUUUGGAAGAAUACUCAAAGACUUUAGCUUUUAUGACGAUUGAGCCUAAUGCAAAUAUAGAGGAAUUAGUUAAUAGGAUUAUAACUCCACUUGGCGAAACUCUUUAUUAUAUUUUUAUGACUCCGACAGAGUCCUAUAAACUGCAGAGCAUCUUAGCGUCGACUAAACUUUUAAAUAUUGGAAAUGGAAUUGUUUUAGACCAAGAAAGUGGAUAUAAUUACUCAAUAAAUGGGGCUUUAAUAAUUACAGUAAAGGGGCAAGAGUUUUCUUCUUCAGAAAAUGAAUAUAUGACCUCUUCAGUGAAAAGUAUAAUUAAUUAUAUAUUAGAAAAUAUUGAAACUGAGACUAAACAAGAAGUAUUUUUUAUAUUGCAAUCAUUACUAAGAAGCAAGAAUCAUUUUUCGUUAGUAAAUAUAGGCAUUUCGCCUAUAUUGCCCUAUAUGGGCCAAAAGUUGAGAGCACUUCCUCUUAAGUUGUUUGACCAACUUAGGCUGGCCAAACCAAUCAGAGAGUUUAGGGAGUUUCCCCCUCCUGCUGGUUUGGCCAAACUAAGUUGGUCAAAAAGCUUGAGAGGAAGUGCUUUCAACUUUCGGCCCACAUCGGGCAAUAUAGGCGAAAUGCCUAUACCCAAGAUGGAGAAAGAGUCGUAGUUGGAAAAAUCCUUAAUGAAGAAUUAUUUUUAUUUAGUGAUAUUAUUUUCCCAGGAAACUCUAAAGAAAUUCCAAAAUCAAUAAAAAAAGUUUUACAGCUUAGCAUUGAAGCUGGCUCUUCUAAUCCUACAGGCCCCCCUAUUACUGUUGGGCUAGUUGGAGGAUACGGCUCAUAUUCAGCUUGUGAAAUAAUAAAUGAAGAUAAUUCAAGCUUACUAAAUAAUUUCCAAAUUGAAUUAUUUAAUUUCGACUGCGGGACAUCAAUUUAUAACUCCACAUUUGCUAAUGCCUGCUAUUUAAAAGAUAAAGACAGCUUUGGCUUAGGCCAUAUAUCAGCUUGAUCUUCAGCAAUGUCAAUUGGGUCAAUUAAAUCUUUUAAGCAGCUUAAUCUAACAUUUCCUAUUGUAAGUGCUUCUAAUGGAGAUGUCACGCUAAAUUCUACGGCUAAUUACCCAAUGUACAUGAGAGUCCAAGCUUCCCUUUCUCUUGGAUAUUCCUUAAUCCCUAUUUUUAUCAGAGCUUUAGGUUGAAAACAAGUGGCAGUUCUUUACCAAAAUGAUUCAUGAGGACUAUCUGGGUAUUAUUAUUUCAACCAAAGCGUUAAAAACCACGAUCUCUCUUUAAUCAACCCAGAAAGCAGCAGAACAAUUCCAGCAAAUCUUAACCGAGCUGAAAUAAAAGAAUAUUUAUAUAUCUUCCAAGAAAUUAUUGGCACCCAAGCACGAUUUUUAAUUUCAAUUCUACAAUACCCAAUGGCUUAUUAUAUAUUUGAAGAGUUUUAUGAUUUAGGAAUAAGAAAAGGAGAUCUUGUUAUUUUUACAAAACUUUCGGACCUUGCUACGUUUGCAGCUUAUGAUAAUUUAUAUGCAUAUAAACUAUAUGAGACUGCUGUUCCUAUAAUUACUAUGUAUGGACAAAGCUGGGUUGGGCCAUUAGGAGAAAAAGCAUUAUCUUAUAUUACAAAAAAUUAUGGAGGAUUGGUAAAUUCAUAUAGCUGCUUCUAUGUAGAUGCAGUUUUUUUAAUUGCAUAUGCGCUGGAUUUUAUGAUUAAUAGAGGAAUUGAUUAUACUGACCCUGAUAAGCUGCAAAAAGCUAUGAGAAAUCAGCAAUUUUAUGGGUGUACUGGACAAGUUAAUAUAGAAAAAGGGUCAAAUGAUAGGAUUAUCCAAACUUUUGAAAUUAUUGUAAAUAAAAUAGACGAAAAUGGAAAUUUAACUACUUAUGUGAUGGGGCAGUUUCGGCCUCAAAGCACACAGCUAAUAACAAUCCAAGAGCCUUUGGUAUAUGCAGAUGGCUCCACAACAAAGCCAGCAGACUUAAGAAGCACUGAUUAUAAAUGCCCUUUCCCUGAUAGGCUUGUAAGAACUUUUGCAAAAGGAAGGGCUUUGGUUUUUGGAAUUUGCUUUUUUGUUGCUUUGGUUUCUCUAGUGAUUACAAUUUAUAUAUGAAAAAAGUGAUGGAAAAUUUCAAUUGAGCCAUUAACUACAAAAGAAGAAAUUUGUAUGCAAGAUGCUAUUGUGGCAGGGACAAUUAUAAUUGAAUUUUUUCAGUUUUCUUCAAUGGGGCCUGAUUUUUCAGCAAUUGAUUCUACUUUGGCUGAAAUAAGUGGUACCUUUUCGUUGAGCUUGGACCAUAUUUUGAAAUUAAGAAAUGGGAUCUUUUGAAUUAUUGCUAAUGCUGUUUUUGCGUGUAUUGGCUUGUGAAUAAUUUUAUGUUCAGUAGUCCUUCUCAGACUGGAUGAGAAAUUUCCUUUGAGCUUUGUGUUUAGGAAUUUAAGCACUUUGGCUGAUUAUUUGAUGCCUAUUUUAGGUGAUCUUUGCUUUAUUCCGUUUAUUUCAGUUUGCCUUGACAUUUUUUUAUGCGAUCAGUCUAUUGGAGAUAAUUUCACUAACUUCGUUAUCUGAGGAUAACCAAAGAAGAAGGGAUGAUUAUUUAUUAAAAAUUCAUAAUAAAUUUAAUCAGAUCAAUUUUUUCAAAUUUUUAAUUUAUCUUCUAAAAUUCUUAUUUUUAUAUAUCAUAAUUUUGUAUCUAACUCUCCCCUCAGUGAGUAAACAAAAAUAUUGUUGGCUUACAGAGGGAGGUUAAUUUUUUUUAAAAAAUUUAUAUAGAUCGAGCACACUAAUAACAUGCCCUCAGAGCUCAGCAGAAGCCAAGGUUGCUAGUUUUCUGCUUCAUUAUGGCGAACCAAACUUGAUUUGGCAAAUAAUGAUUUUAUUUCGCCAAUAAAGUUUGGUUUGUCAGAAAUGAGUAACGCCGACGAGCUUGGCUUCUGCUCCGAGCCAGCCCCAAGGGUGUGCUAAUAGCAAAACUAUGUAUAAAUUUUAUAGUAAUUUUUUUUACACAAUUUAAAAAAUCCCAAUUCGAAAUAUUUUUGAAUCAAAUAUUAAUAUAAUUUGUAAAAUUUAUAUUUAAAUGGGAGCUGUUCAAAUUUAAACAGAAUAGCUAAUAGAUUCAUUAUAAUAAUUAUACAUUAAAAAUGAUUUUGUUCGCUCAUGUAGGGUGGGUUUUUUUUACCCAAAAACAUGAAUUUUUCAAUGGUUUGUUCGAUCAUGGAGGUGGGGAGUAAGAAGUUUUAUUUUCCAAACAAAUACUGUUAGCAUAUUUUUUGUCAAAGGAGAAGUGAAAGUUUUCUAGCUCAAGACUGCUAUUAUUUUUGCUGAAAAGAUGAACAUUUAGCUUAUGCUAUUUUUUCUAUAUUUGCACUAAUAACAUAUGAACCUCUUGCGGUAUUCUGUAGACCUCUUUGGCAAGAGCUUCAGCCUAUUCUACAUAUAAAAGCAGUUCCGCUAUUUUUGAUGGUAAAAACUAUCGUUCAAAUAACUUUAAUUGUAAUGAAUAAGACAGUAAAAAGGGCUCAAAGCCUCCUUCAUGGGGCUCUUUUUAUAGUAGUGAUGAGUUUUUAUGUUGCUUUUUUAUUUAAAUUCAAGCCUUUUAACUAUGCAAGAUUCAGCUGAUGGCAAACUUUGAUUUCAAUUGGAGUAGUCUGAUUAGCUUUAAUUUCAGUAAUUGAGCAAAGUAUUGGCGGAGAUUAUCUUGUUUUAGUGUCAAUUUUGUUCUUUGGAUUUAUAAUGAUUGCUUUAUUAAAUCAUUAAAAUAUGGCGUCAUUGAAUUUUCUAGUCUUGGACUAAAAAAUUUAUCUCUUGCAUAUUUUAAUUAUAAAGUUUAAAUUUUUCUGUUGAAUUUAUCUCGGCUAGACAAGGAAACAAGAGCACUAGGAUUUACAUGAGGGAAUCCUAUUUACCAUGACUUAACUUUCAGAUGUGUAAUACUCACUUCAGGCGCAGAGGCUGGAAUUUAUAAGCCUGAGUCAACUGCUUGAACUCAAAAAAAAGCUGCCAACUCCAAAUUCAAGACUGGUGCAAUGACCAUAUAGUUGGGUUGAUCAACACUUGCCGGUAGACGAAAAAUGGCAUUAAAUGGUCUAGUUGUUAAUGUGGCUAUAGCAUAACACUAGUUUAGAUUGCUUUAAUUGGAGUUUAUGUUCAGUAUAAAAAAUACCCAAGUUUGCUUUUUCGUAAAAAAGGCCAAGACACAUCAAAUUUGUUUAUUUUUGCAUUUUCUUUUGGCAAGAAUUCAAAACUGGCAUUAUCAAAAAUUGUUCCAAGUGUGACGUCUAUGUCGUCACCACGUAAAAUUGGAGACCAAAGCCCUUAA